AUGACCAAAAGAAAUGAUAAUAGAGAGGUACUUAAACUUGACUUGAAACUAAACCUAUCACCUCCUAGAACUCAAUGGCCAGUCAUGACCACCACAACCGAAUCACCAAACCGGUCAUCACCUAUUACCAUUUCUCCAACCAACUCAUGUGUGUCAUUGGAGCUUGAGACCGCUGAUCAUGAUCAUGAGCUCCGAUACUCGAGCAGCCCGGAAACAACAUCGAUGAUGCUAGCCGGAUGUCCACGGUGUUUGAUGUAUGUUAUGCUUGCUGAUGAAGACUACCCCAAGUGUCCUAAAUGUAAGAGCACUGUUUUGCUUGAUGUUUUGCUUGACAAGCCUAUCAAGAAAAUGAGAAAUUAG